AUGCAGUUCUCCAAGAUCCUCUUCGCCCUCGCCGCCACCGCCUCCGCGGCCCCCCUCGCCGCGCGCGAGCCCGACUGGAUCAUCCAGGGCCUCUCCCGCACCUGCGACGCCCAGGACACCUCCUGCACCUGGAACUUCUCCAUCAACGACCAGCAGUCCGAGCCGACCGGGUGCGUCUACGAGGUCCACGCCGCCGGUGGCCAGCCAGCGUCGCGCUCGAACGGCGGCCCGGUGACGUGCGGCCCCUACACGGUGACGAGCGGGUGGUCGGGCCAGUUCGGAGAGGGCGCGGGCUUCACCACGUUCGCGGUGCACGACUACGCGCGCAAUGAGAUUGGCUACCCGGCGUUCACCGACAGCGAGGUCGCGGCGGGCAACGUCCCGGACAAGGCGUUCCACGUCGAGAAGACCAACUAA